UAACCGACAUCUGAUCUGUCGACGUGCAACAGGAGCAGCAGCCGAACCACUCCGCGGACUCCCAGACAGCCAAGUGCACCGCGUGUCCUGUUUCUGAAUUCUAGAGUGUCAUUCCCCGAAUCGAUCCUGCGAAAGUCGCAUCGCGGUUCUUUUACAAUCCGGUCUGUGAGUUUCCCAGCGGCUUUUGGAUUUCGCUCAGCGUCAGCCAGACGUGCCACAUCCACAUCACCCCAGCAUAGCCAUCGCCCCACCACAAUGAACUCCCUUCAUGCCCACCUCCUCCUCCUGGCCGUUUGCUGCGUCGGCUACAUCGCCAGCUCCCCGGUAAUUGGCCAGGAUCAGCGUGGUCCAGUGGCCGGUGAUAGCGAUGCCGACGUCCUGCUGGCCGCCGACGAGAUGGGUGACAACGGAGGCGACAACAUCGACAAGCGGGUGGAGCGGUACGCCUUCGGUCUGGGUCGUCGGGCCUACAUGUACACAAACGGGGGACCGGGCAUGAAGCGCCUGCCGGUCUACAACUUUGGUCUGGGCAAGAGGUCUCGUCCCUACUCCUUCGGACUGGGCAAGCGCGCCGACUACGACUACGAUCAGGAUAAUGAGGUUGACUACAGAGUGCCGCCAGCGAACUACUUGGCAGCCGAGCGUGGUGUGCGACCUGGCCGACAGAACAAGCGGACGACGCGCCCGCAACCCUUCAAUUUUGGCCUAGGCCGACGUUAAGUUAAUCCGGGCCUAAUCCUCCCCGAAUGACGCACUAAUCCAAAUCCAGCCGUGCGCCAUUCGUCAGGGGCCCAUCCUAAUCCUACCUAAAAUUAUCAAAGAAGUACUUGCAAAAAAAGCUCUCAGAAUCUUCUCCACACUUAAAUCAUAUUCAGGAGCAAACUAGAUGUCUUUGAAUCCAACCGAUCCCUUUGCACGCCCCUCGUCCCUUAAAUAUUUAUAUUAAAUCGCUAGAGCAAAAUGUAAUUAUUUUUAGUUUUUAAAUCGAGACGUUUAACGGCAGCCUCAAAUCGACAUAAAACUGCAUAAAAAGACAAAAAAAAAACGAAGACAGUAUGAGAAUGAAACUGGCGUGUGCAAUUAUCAAGGAAGAAUACAUCAAAUGUUAUACGAAUCUAUUAUAUAUGCAUAUUCAAUCCAAUUUACAGUACUCCAAAUAUGUAUGUACAUUUUAAAGGGGCAUUAAUUAAUAUAUACACGCGGAUUUAAACUUAUAUACUUGGGGCAAUCUCUCUCAAAAGGAGCGACACGAGUGGCAUUCGUUGUGGUCGCAAUCGGAGGAGCACGAAUACCGGGCAAACCACUGCAUACUAAUAUCGAUGUAACUAGGUGUUUGACAAAGUGAUUACUGACAUAACUAUAUGAUUACAAAUAUGUAAUUGAUUUGUGAAUACUUGCAUACCUACCCAAAUAAACAUAGGCGCAGCAACACUGCGCAGGCAAAUCUAGUUUAACCUGACUUUCAAUUGGCUUCUUUAUUUCUUAGCCCAGUUUGUGGUUCGACAUAAAAACAAUAAACUUAGUUUCGCUACUUAACUAUUAGAUACAAUAUUCGUUUGCAGCAUGUACAUUUUAACUUAUCUUAAGUUUACUUAAUUUAUGGUCGAUUGUCUCAGUAAAACAUACUCGAUCUAA